GGGCUGUGGGGUCACCUUCUUUUCCGCUCUCCUGCCACCCCAAGUCGUCUGAGUUGCGUGUUACGCAGUGGGAGAGAACGUUGGCCUGGAUCUCAAGCUGCCCACGUUCUAGUCCUGCCUCUGUCAUUUCCUAGAUCUGUGGCCUCGGAUCCCUCCCUGGUGCCACGGCAGCUGAGUGUGCGUCCAAUCUGAAGAAAAUCUACACAGUCCAGACAGUACAGAUAUUCUGGAGUGUGUACAAUAAUAUCCCUCCUGUGACUAGCCUGCCUUUGAGAUGUAGUUACCAUUUAAUGAGAGGAGAGAGGCGACCACUUUGGGAAGAGGAGAGCAAUGCAAAGGGUGGCGUGUGGAAGAUGAAAGUCCCCAAGGACAGCACGUCCACAGUUUGGAAGGAGUUGUUGUUAGCGACUAUCGGGGAGCAGUUCACAGACUGUGCGGCCGCAGAUGACGAAGUAAUAGGAGUUAGCGUCAGCGUUCGGGACCGAGAGGACGUCGUCCAAGUCUGGAAUGUAAAUGCCGCGUUAGUGGGUGAAGCCACUGUUUUAGAAAAGAUCUAUGAACUCCUGCCCCACAUAUCUUUUAAAGCAGUAUUUUAUAAACCCCAUGAAGAGCACCAUGCUUUUGAAGGUGGACGUGGAAAACACUAAUUGCACUCUGUAAAGAAUUCUUUGUCCUUUGCUGAUUGGUUUUGGAAACGGUCUUAACAGGAGGGAGAGUGAAGAGAAGACUUGCCGAAGCCCGAUGCUGGUCAAUUUAGAGUGGGUUUCUGUCCUUGCAGUUUGAGCAAUUAGGACUCAAAGUGGCAGGUGGGGUUGGGGGGGGGUCGUGUGGGUUUCUGCCUUCACAUUACUUGGUUUUUUUUUUUUGUUAUUUUUUUUUUUUGGCUUUCUGAAUUCUCUGUUCUUUUUGCUCCCUUUUUUUUUUGCCCCUUUAAAUUCCUCAUUCAUUCUAAUUAUUGUUUUCUAUACUCCCCUUUCAUUGAGGCACAAGAAAUGGGUUUCCCUUUAAGUAGCUCUGCUGUACCUAGUUAACGAGUAUAUGCAUUAUCUUGACAAUACUGCUUUUGAAAACCACACUGUACUCGGAGGAAUACUAGCUUGGUGAAACCUGUCUUUUGAUUAUUUGUUGUGACACAUUUCUACACACUCUGCAAUGGGCAUUGUUUUUUCUGUCCCAGGGAAAAGAAAAACCACACUUAAUCUGAUUUUGUACUGACAGCACACACAUCUUUUUUUUUUUUCUCUCCUUUUUAAGAAGUGUUUUUUUUUUUAAAGAGAUGAAAGGAAAAUAAUAGUUGGGUUGCCAAACAUAAAAACUAUAAUCACAGUUGAGUAUGAGGAUAUAAAUCAAACCGUAGAUCUUUGGACCCUCCGUGGAAAUAUUUUCUAACCAGAACUUCAAUUUGGCCUUUGCAAAAAGAAGACUUAGAGUAGUAGCAAGGUGUUUGUCUCAAUAGGAAACCUUAUAAUUUCCUAUUUAAAGGGGAGGUGUUAUUUUAAUUGUUUGAAUUAAGCUGCUUCUGAAUUUUGGAUGUGCGUACCACUUGGGGCUUUCCAAAUCAUUGUAGACACGUUUUGUUAAAUGACCCCCUUUUCCUGCUCACAUUGUGUGUCGUUUCCAAUUCUCGAUCAUCCUCCAGCCUGGCCAGCUUUCCCCCCUGCCUUUUCCGUGUAGGAACCCAAGUUAAAUCUCAUUUCAAGAUGAAUGUGAACGUUCACAAAGUUGAACUCUGAAUGCAUUCUGUACAUACUAAUUUUUGGAAUUGUUGAGCUAUGUUGUAUUAUGUUACCAAAUAAAUACUGGUUUUAGUAGAAGGAAAUGACCACCCUCUGGAAUGCUCCGAAUGUUCCAGUUUCCCUCUCUCCAUUCUGCCCACGCCUCUUACCGCUUUUACCUGAAAAAGGCAGGGCCAGUUGAAGACACUGCCUCCUGCUGGCUUUUUUCUGGUGUCAGGGGAGCUUGGGCAUGCUUACACACUUCACAGAAGGGCGGUGUGCUCAGAACUUCAUCGUACCCAGGAUUUUUAAUUCCUCUUGCAGUACUAACUAGCAGAGAGAGGUGGGGCUCCUUUCAGCCUCCAACCUGUGUUUGUAUAUAAAAUUCUCCAUUCAAGUAUUUUAAAGGACUUCAAACAAUAUCUGUUUAUAAAAGUUGUGCCCUUCACUUGCAUUACUAACCACAUCAACCAUAAUAACAGUGAUCAUAGUUUUUUAUUUUUUUUUAAAUGCUUUGUUUCUAAACUUGAGUUUCUUCAGUGAUUUCAUAAUGAGGUAUAAGGCUAUCAGACCCAUUUUUCAAAAGCCUAGAACGUGUCUCUUUAAACAUUGUACUAACACCCAACUUGUUUUUAAAUUAUUCAUCAAGGAUUUUUAAAAAAAUAUUCUGGACAUGAAUUUAAAUUUUUUUUAUAAUAUAAGUAUUUUUCUGAUAGAUUAGAAAAAAGGAUAUAAUUGACUUAUCUUCAUUAUGAUUGUCAUAUAUAUUUCCAUAAGUAAAUGGAUUUUGAAGUAUUUUUAUUUUUGAACUUUAUUUAAAGGAUUGUGAUGACGUGUUCAACUUUUGCAUGUAUGUAGCCUGUGAAGUAAAAAAUAAAAUGAAAGAAAUAGGAAUGUUAGGCUUCCA